CAGGAAAUGCACGCAAACUGGAAACAGUAUCAUUGAUUAGAUUCUUGACCGUUUUUAUUGACAUAAAAGCUAACUUUACCUCUUGGGAGUUAUGCAGACUUGGUGUCUCGUUUCAAUUUGUGUUUUACUUGGCGUUGUUGUGAGAUGGGGCGUGUCGUUAAAUUCAUAUUCCGGAGCAGGGAAAUCACCUAUGUUUGGCGACUAUGAAGCACAAAGGCACUGGCAAGAAAUCACCUACAAUCUUCCAGUGCGUGAAUGGUACUUCAAUACUACGGACAAUGACUUGAGUUACUGGGGUCUUGACUAUCCUCCUCUGUCUGCAUAUCACAGCUUGAUGUGUGCGUAUAUUGCCCAGAUAAUAAACCCUGAAUGGGUGCAGCUUCACAAGUCCAGAGGUUUUGAAAGUACAACACACAAGUUAUUUAUGAGAACAACAGUGCUUGUUGCAGAGCUCCUCAUAUACAUCCCUGCCAUAGUAUUAUAUUGUUUAUGGCUGAAUGAGGGAACGGUUAAGAGAAAGAUUUGCACUCUGCUCUGCUUUCUGAUCUAUCCAGGGCUUCUUCUUAUUGACUGUGGACAUUUCCAUACAAGGUACAAUGCAGUGAGUCUGGGCUUUGCCCUGUGGGCUGUUCUGGCUCUGGGACUGGGCUGGGAUGCACUGGGCUCUAUGGCCUUCUCCCUGGCCCUCAACUACAAACAGAUGGAGCUCUACCAUGCUUUGCCCUUCUUCUGCUACCUCCUGGGAAAAUGUGUUGAAAUGGGCCUAAUGGGGCAGGGGUUGUUGAUGUUGCUGAGAGUUGCUGCUACGGUGUUGGUGACUUUUGCUCUCUGCUGGUUGCCCUUCCUGUCUGACCCUGCUCAGACCUUGCAGGUGCUCAGGAGAAUCUUUCCUGUGGCUCGAGGCCUGUUUGAGGAUAAGGUGGCCAACACAUGGUGCAGCUUGAACAUCUUGAUAAAGAUCAGAUCCAUUCUGUCCAGUGACUUCCAACUCUACCUCAGUUUGGCCUGCACUCUCUUGGCAGUCCUACCAUCCUGUAUCAGACUUCUGACGAAACCUACAUUCUGGCAGUUUAAAUUGGCCUUGGUCAACUCAUCGCUUGGGUUUUUCCUCUUCUCCUAUCAAGUCCAUGAGAAAUCCAUUCUCUUGGCUUCCUUGCCCGUCUGUCUCUUCUUGAAUGACCUUCCACUAAUGUCAAUUUGGUUCCUGCAAGCUUCUACAUUCAGCAUGCUGCCUCUGUUUCUGAAGGACGGUCUUCUGGUGCCAUAUGUUGUGACUUCGCUAGCCUUCCUCAUCUUCAGCACCUCCUUGCUGUCAGCAUUGGAGCACUGUUCAGAAGAAGAGCUUGCACUGGGAGCCUACCACAAACUCUUGUUUUUUUCCAAAAUGGACCUGGCUUGGAUUGUGAGAUGGAAGUUCUACAUCAGCAUCUUGGCCAUGGCCUGUUUGAGCAUCGCAAGCGUCACUUUGUCCCCCCCACCUCAUUUGCAAGACUUGUUUCCUGUGCUUUCUGAGGAGCCGCACGGCAACGAGACUGACUCGAACCUGGCGUGUUUGAUGGAGAACUUGCCCAGCUGUUCAUUUCGGAUACAGAAGAUGAGGACUUUGAUGGAUUUCUGGAUGAGGAUUGAUCAAAAAAUAACGCCUAACUCAUCCGGUUGCAGGAGCAACUGUCCUCCUCCAACUCCGCUUGCAAGACACCGAGGUGUUCCCUGGGCAGCUGUGAAGCAUAGUUCCUCCAUCAUGGCCUAGUUCUGCCUUGAGGCCUCCUCGCAGUUGGACAGACUAUAACUCAAACCUUACCAGGAAGUGGACCACAAUGUGGAACCGAAGCAGCUCUACUGUAAGUCCUUCCUGAAUGACCAGGCUCUUCAAUCUAUAGGAUAAGCAUAGCCACCCUAGGAAGGAAAGUAAUUUCAACUUGUAUUCGCAAUCUUGUCCUUUUGUCACUACCCUAAUGACAGGCUUUUUCCUGCAUAAAAAAUUUGUAGGUGCACAACCCCAACAAACUCUGGGCCAGCUCAACCGCGAGUAAAUCUGAGAUCAUUAAAACUGUUCUCUGACCAGCGGCAUUUUUAACCUCAAUUGCGGUAUUAUACAGAGCCGACGGAGCGGUGUUCUAUCAGGAACAGUUGGAAGUUGUUCCGAAAACCGUUGAGGAAAAAGAAAAGAGCUGUGAAUAAACAUCAAGAGGAGAAGAAGAAGAGCCGUGAAUACAGAUUUUCUUUCCAACUGCAGAAUGGUAGAAAGUAUUUUCCACGACGAGGCAAUGGUAAGCAACUGCACAUGCUCGCAGCCUCUGUCCAGACUGUGGAUGUGGAGAGACAAUACUCUGCAUUCAAAUUUUGUCAUAUAUGACGACAUUGUCCUGAAACUGUUGGACUAUUUUCUUACGCACUUGUUCACAAAGAAGUGAACCUCGCCCCAUCUUUGCUUGGGAAUCUCUUUUUAUACCCAAUCAUGGCACCCGCCUGUUCCCAAUUAGCCUGUUCACCUGUGGGAUGUUCCAAACAGGUGUUUGAUGAGCAUUCGUCAACUUUCUCAGUCUUUUUUGGAACCUGUUGUAACCAUAAAAUUCUAAGUGAAUGAUUAUUUGCUAAAAACAAUAAGGUUUAUCGGUUUGAACAUUAAAUAUCUUGUAUUUGUAGUGUAUUCAAUUAAAUAGAGGUUGAACAUGAUUUGCAAAUAAUUGUAUUCGGUUUUUAUUUUUUUAACACAACAUCCCAACUUCAAUGGAAUUGGGGUUGUAGAGUAUACAUGUGUCACUGAUGGUGUAGUGGCUCGCCUGACUUUGGUGCAGGCAGCGUGGGUUCAGUUCCCACUCAGUGGCAGUGCGAAUGGUUGUCCGUGUCUAUAUGUGCCCUGCGACUGACUAGCGACCAGUUCAGGGUGUGGGCCGCCUUUCGCCCGAAGUCAGCUGGGAUCGGCUCCAACGCCCCGCAACCCUAACCGAGAUAAGCGGUGUUGAAAAUGCAUGAAGUGUAAAUGUACUUCAUGGCCCGUAAGAGCAGGCGCCGGGCCAGAUACUCCCGGUGCAUGCUCCCCCCGACAUAGCACAGUGAGGAACAUGGUCGAACGCCUUUUCCAAGUCCACAGAGCGCAUGUGGGCAAACUCACAUGCACCCUCCAGCACCCUCGUGAGGCUGUACAUCUGGUUCAGUGUUUCACGACCAAGACAAAACCACAUUUGACCCCCUGAAUCUGAACAGCUAGACUCUACUCUCUAGAACUUUGAAAUGGACUUUCCCAGGAACACUGACCAGUAUGAUCCCUGACAGUUGGAACAUACCCUGAACCCACCAAUACAUUACACGUACAGUGCCUCAAGAAUGUAUUAGACCCGCUGUCAUAGAAAUAGAGACCAUGCAGCAUUAUAAGGUGCAUUAGUGUGAACUGUUUCAAUGUUAGUGAACUCUUGACGGUUUACCAUCUUACCCAAAUUUCAUCUGACCAGCUGGAUUUAGAGUCGGAAGUCAGAGAUUAAUCAUAAUUAAAAUUUUACCACUAAAUGUUUUUUCUCUAUUCAGGAAUAUAUGUAACUAAUUGCAAUUUAACGUUUUAAUCAAGAAAUAAGUUAUUUUUUGUUUUUGUUUUGCAAAACAAUAUCUUCAAGGACAAGGUUAUGUAAUAAUUAUAUUUAAACAUUAAACUAUUUGUGCGAAAGAUGUUUUACAUGCUCAUGUAAUAACCAUUACAGAAAUGGGGGGGAAAAAAAUUCAUUACUAAUUAUGUUAAUUUAGGUCAGCUGUGUGAUCUAAUAAAUGUGCUAAAACUGGCAGAGUUGGACUCUGACAAUCUGUAUUUGAUUGAAUUACCAAGACUGCAAAUAAAAAGCGAGGCUUUAAAAAAGAAAGAUACCGGUACUAGUCACAAAAAUGUGAUUAGUGUGUGUCUUUUAUCAAUAAAAAGGGGGCAUUCUACAGAAAUUCCAACCACGAGCAAGCAGAUUAAUGAGCUAGAGCAUUUCAAAUUAAAAAAAAGGGGAUUUAUACAUAAAAACUCAAUGAAGCACCAAAGUAGUGACUUCCCUAAUAUACAGUAAAUGUGCACUUUGAGAAGACAGAUUGAACAUAUUUUUAUUUGUUUUAUCUCAAACCCACUAAGGAAAGCACCAUAAAGCCUUAGAUUGAUUAUUGUGACAACUCAAAAGUGCAGAUGUGUUUUUCUGUUGUGAUGGUCCAAAGGUCUCAUACUGCUAGUUGCAUUGUUCUUUCUGACUUGAUAACAUUUAUGAAACAAAGUUACCUUGGCUGGGAUUCUUUUGCUCGGAAUUGCCUUUUACGGAUGUCUCUAUU